AUGGAUUUUGUUUGGUAUGGAAUGGAAUUAAUCACGCAAAAAGCAGAAGAAUCCAGGCAGGAUUACACGGAUUCCAAACUCAACAUUGUACAACCACGCAAAAAUGAGCAGGAAUCCACACACAAACCGUUCGUUACGUUCUUUAUCAACUCCAAUUCAGCAUUUCUUUAUCCGCUUUGUCAACUCCAAUUCAGAAUUUCUUUAUCGGCUUUGUCAACUCCAAUUCAGCAUUUCUUUAUCCGCUUUGUCAACUCCAAUUCAGAAUUUCUUUACCCGGAUUUACAUUUGCUGGAUUGGGUGUCUGUCGUUUUCCAUCGGAUUAUAGCAUCCCUUGAAAAGUUAUAUUUCAUUGAUAGUAACUACUAUAGUAAGGCUCUGAGAGUUCUUGAAGCGGUUGCGAAGUACAGGUUGUGUGUGGUGCUAUUGGAUUUUGACUAUGUGUUAGCUGUUAAUGUUUUCCAACUGUUUCUCAAAAUCAUCAGAUACAUGGUAGACAUUAUGUCUCAGCUCAUAGAAGAAAGAGAUGAAGUCUCACUAGAUUUUCAAGUUUCCAUUCUUGAUAGCCUCAGAAAGGAAACUCUGGCUACCGCACCUUGUUCAACGAUAUUGGGAAGCGAAGUCUUGGAAAAGUGUGCUGCCAAAUUGAAGCCUUGUCUUUUAGAAUUAAUGACAAAUAUGAACAUGAAUUUGGAUGAUUAUUCUAAAGUACUUGGCUCAAUAUUGCAUGAAGUUCCUGAGGGAGAAAACAUGGUGGAAAAUGCUGGUUCUGUACCACCUGUAGAAGGAACAUCUGCUCUUCAACUUCCUCAGGUACCACUACUGGAUGCCACUCAAACAAUGAAUAACAAUAACAAUAACCUAGAACUUGAUGGGUCAUUGAAGGCAUCUUUUGGGAUGAACGAAAGCAAACGCUCUGAUGAAGAACCUACUAUCAAGAAGGAACAAGAGAAGAAAUCUUGGAGUUCAUUGGACAUUAAUGCAACUUCAAUUGUGUUAGCUUUGCCAGCUGUAACUGGAAAGGAGUCUGCGACUAAGCCUGAUGUGUUAGCCCCCAGCAGCACAAAAAGUCCUUGCAAAAGGGGCCAACGAAAGAAGAAUCAGACAGAUCUCACCGUGCAAAAGAGAUAUGAAGGGACUAGGUCUGCCCAGAGAAAACUUAAAGAAAAGGAUUCUAAAAAGCUUCAUACUAUUAAAGAUUAUGGAAAAGAGUUGGUAGGGACUAAAGUCAAAGUCUGGUGGCCCCGGGAUAGAAGGUUUUAUGAGGGGGUGAUUUCUUCUUUUAACCCUAAGACGGAAAAGCACAAGGUCAUAUACACUGAUGAUGAUGUAGAAAUCUUGAAUCUCAGAUGUGAGCGCUGGGAAUUGCUUGAAGAGGUUCCAGUCAAAGAAGGGCUUGUAACUGACUGACUUUGCUUUCUGAUGGAGUAAAGAGGAAGAGGAAGGGAGAUGAGCACAAAAUAAAAGGAAAGGACUGAAUGCAAUACAACAAUACUAUUUGGCAACUUCAGUUUUGAAAGUGAGACAGAAUUGCAGGAUGGGAUAAUGAAUAGUAAGCAUGUCAGAUAAUUGAAUCAACUAUUGUAUCCUUGAUGUUAUGGUAAUUGAUAAUUGAGUAAUUCUAGGUAUU